CUCCACACGUUACACAAGCUGUUUCAUAAAAUUUUAAAGGCAGAAGUUGUGUAAGGUAGAUGCUUUUGUUGCCAAAUAACACAAUAACAGGCGUUCACGUUCAUUCAUUCAUUCAUUCACAUCUCUUCAAACUUCAAUCAGACAGAGCUGUCAGGUUGCAGGGAUGUGGGGUUCAGGUCUGUUGCUCCUCCUUGCUGGUCUGUGGCAUCAGUCCAACACCCAGAACUCCGAGCCCAUGUUUCAGGAUGUAACACAGACGGUGCUUCCUCCUGACAAUCUGCACAAUCCCAUGCAACUCAACUAUGGAAUGGCUGUCACCGACGUGGAUGGGGACGGUGAUCUGGAGGUGGUAGUCGCAGGGUACAAUGGGCCAAACCUCGUGUUGAAGUACGAUCGCACUCAAAAAAGGCUGUUUAACAUUGCUGUUGAUGACAUCAACUCCCCAUACUACGCCCUGAGGGACUCAGGAGGACAGGCCAUUGGAGUCACUGCUUGUGAUGUGGACGGAGAUGGACGUGAAGAAAUCUACUUCCUCAACACAAAUGACGCCUAUUCCGGACGGGCAACUUAUCUUGACAAGCUCUUCAAGUUCCGAAACGGACGCUUUGAAGACCUUGUGAGUGAUGAACUAAAUGUAGGUAGGGGCGUCUCUAAACGCAUGGCAGGACGCUCUGUGGCAUGUGUUGACAGAAAGGGGACUGGCCGUUACUCCAUCUAUGUUGCAAACUACGCUUCACGUGGCGUCGGUGCCCACGCUCUCUUGGAAAUGGACGAGGCCGCCAGUGAUGUGACCAACGGUGUCAUUGCUCUGUCUGAUGUGGCUGCGGAGGCCGGGGUCAACAUGUUGACAGGAGGACGCGGUGUGACUGUGGGACCGAUUCUGAGCCAGUCCAGGUCUGAUGUGUUCUGUGACAACGAGAACGGACCCAACUUCUUGUUCAAGAAUAAAGGAGAUGGGACUUUUACCAACAUGGCCAAACAAGCAGGUGAGAAUAUAACUGGAACUGUCAUA